CAUGAGGCUGCUCAUCACCCAAGACCUGUUGCUCACCAAGACGUGUCGAUACCACCUCGGCCUGGAUCCGGCCCUGUGCGCCAACUUCUCAAACUUCUCCGAGACCAAGAACGUCAUCGAGAGGGUGGCCAACAACUACAGUCUCUUCAUUCUACUGGUUCAGCUGACGCCCGCCGCCAUACUCUCCAUCUUUCUGGGACCUUGGUGCGACAAGUACGGUCACCGUCUGCCCAUCUUCGUAGCGACAGUAGGCGGCAUCCUGCAAGACCUCGGUACCAUCUACACCGUAGUGGACAUGGAAGCCCCUAUGUACGCGAACGUGCUAUGCAGCCUUCCCAACGGCCUCAGCGGUGGCCUAGUGUGCGUCUUCAUGGCCGUCUGCAGCAACGCCUCCAUGUCCACAAAGGGCAAUACGCGAACGCUGCAGUUCCUCAUCGUUCUCAUGUCCGCCAUGAUCGGCAUGGCCUGCGGCCAGUUCAUGGCCGGACAGAUCUUCAGGGCCGGUGGCUACCUUCCAGUCUUCAUCGUGUCCGCCAGCAUGCUUCUGGCUUGCCUGGUCUGGAUAAUGGCCAUGCUGAAGAAUCCUGUCGAAUCGGAGAAAAGUGGCUGGCGGACCAUGCUCAGGGACCUGUUGCAUUUUCGCAACUUCAUCAACGGCAUCCUUGUCUGCGUGAGGGAGAGGCCCAACAGGGGCCGCGCCCAGAUACUCCUCCUCAUGUCCUCCAUGUGCGUCCUUCUGUUCGUGUCCGAGGGCACCCGCGGCAUCAACUUCUUCUACGCGAAGAAGAUGUACGACUGGGACGUGAGCAAGUACUCGGACAUCAAUUCGUGUUUCCUGCUCUUUCGGAUGGUGAGCGUCUCGUUUUUUGUGAUUGUGGCCAACCUGGCCCUGCGCCUGUCUGACUGUACCAUAGCGUUCAUCGGGAUCUGCGGCGGCAUCCUCCAGAGCAUCGCUACGGGCGUGGCCAACAACGAAGUUCUGUUCUAUGUGAGUAAGUAG